UAUAAUAAACUCUACCACACUGCCGCAAAGUGUAAGAAAUUUGGCGGGUAAUGUCACCCUGAGAUGAAAAGAGGAGAAAUCCAACAAUAAGAGGGUUGUUGUUCUUCUGCAGCUCGGGAAAACAUUUUGAUACAAGGAAUUACUUAUUAAGGAUGAGGAGUCGCGGGGUUUGGCGGAUUAACCUGUCCAUCGUUGGCAGACUAAAGAAAGAGUUGUCAACUGCAGCACUAUCCGCCGUGACGAAAAGAUUGCCUUUUUUCAGUCUUCUUCGUUUAUAUUCUACAGAGCUGCAGCCUCAAUUGUCUAUUGACCUCAUUAAAAUGAUGGAACAAAGGAUAUCAGCAAUUGAGAACAGGAAUGCUCAACUUCAGCAUUUUUUAGAUCAGCCGGAAUUGACACCUUCUGAAUAUUCAACGGCCAACAAAGAGCUCAGGAAGCUCAGAGAUUCAGUAGAUCUCAUAAGCGAGUUAAGGGCAAAACAGAAGGAGAUUAAGGAACUGAAAUCAGUAAUAUCUGAAUGUGAAGAUGACAAAGACAUGCAGCAGAUGGCUUCUGAAGUAUUGAGUGAAGCCACAGAAGGAGAGAAGAAAUUUCAGGUUCUCCUUCUAAAGUCAUUACUACCCAAAGAUGAUGCUGACGAGAGGGACUGCAUUCUCGAAGUGAGGGCAGGAACUGGGGGGGAAGAGGCUUCUUUAUUUGCGAUGGACAUAUUCAAAAUGUAUGAAAAAUAUUCUGUGAAAAAAGGUUGGAAGUAUGAGGUUCUAGAAGUCGCUGAGUCUGAUCUUAAAGGAUACAAGGUUUGUCUACCAUGGUUCAUACAUCACCUUAAAUGCUACCUGAAAUAUUUUUACCAUUGUUGGUUUGAAAUUGCGACUGCCAUUGUUGGAACAGAAGGAGCUUGUAAGCUUCCAAUAAUGGAAGCUAUUGCUUCUAUCUCUGGAACCAGUGUGUACAGGAAACUAAAAUUUGAGAGUGGAAUUCACAGAGUUCAGCGAGUGCCCGUGACAGAGAAAGCAGGACGCGUUCACACCAGUGCUGUCUCUGUUGCAAUUCUCCCACAGGCAGAUCAGCUAGAUGUGAAGUUGAGGAAUGAAGAUCUGAGAAUUGAUACUUAUAGAUCAGGGGGAUCAGGAGGUCAGCAUGCAAAUACCACAAACAGUGCUGUCAGAAUCACUCACAUGCCAUCAGGGAUAACUGUUUCCAUACAAGAUCAGCGUUCCCAGCAUAUGAACAAGGCCAAAGCACUAAAAAUAUUAUGUGCAAAACUAUAUGAAAUAGAGCGACUCAGCAAUCAGUCGAGUAGAUCUAAACUUCGAUUGAAGCAGAUUGGCAGUGGGGACAGAUCGGAGCGGAUCCGCACCUAUAACUUCCCUCAAGGACGGGUUACUGACCACCGUGUUGGCAUCACAACUCAUUCCAUUGAUGAUGUUCUGCAGGGAGAUGAUUUGGAUGCUUUUAUUGAUGCUCUCCUAUUGCGGGAGGAAAUGGACGCGAUUGCAUUGUUCAGCUCCACGUAAUGUAGCUUUCAACAAUCUCACUGGCUACCCUUAUAUUUCCUUCAGAUGAAAAGUUCGGUGCAGGGAUCGUGCAGUGAUAUAGUGUUGUUUCCAUUGUGCUUCAAGCUGUUAUAAGAGCAGCGGUUUUUAACCUUCAAAUACUUUAUAUGAAGGGAAAAUAUGUUUAGGUUAGGGAAGAUGGAAAUAAUCGUGCAAGUUUUAUAUAUGCGCAGCAGGUCCUUUUCGUUCUUAUCCUCGGUCCCAAACUCGUGGAGAGGGCGAUUCUCUCUUAGUUUUGUGCCAUGUUCGAGACUGGAAACAUCUGAAAUUGCAACUUCAUUCCGAGUGGGUUUGGUAGGAUAGAAGUCAUUUUCAUGAAAUGUAGUUUUCGGUAUUUGGUUGAUGAGGAAAAUAUUUUCCUGAAAUAAACAUAAAUUGUAGAUUAAAAAUACUAUUAGCACAUAAGAACGUUCUGAUGAAAAUUUUGAAUAUCAAAGAUGAAUAACAAUGGUUAAAUAUUAUUGUAA